AUGUCAAAAGUAAAAAUUGGCAUCAUUGGAGGGUCAGGUCUAGAUGACCCUCACCUGCUGGAGAAUCGGCAGGAGAAAUCUGUUGUCACUCCAUUUGGAAAACCCUCAGAUGUUCUUGUUACUGGCACUAUCAAAGAUGUGGACUGUGUACUUCUUGCCAGACAUGGCAGGAAGCACGACAUAGCACCCUCAGCUGUCAACUACAGAGCUAAUGUCUGGGCUCUGAAGGAGGAGGGUUGUACUCACCUGGUUGUAACCACAGCUUGUGGGUCACUGCAAGAGAGCAUCCACCCCGGAGAUAUAGUUCUCAUUGAUGACUUUAUUGACAGGACAACAAAACGAAAGCAGUCCUUCUAUGAUGGCACCCUGAAUGAGUUCCAGGGCAUCAGCCAUGUUCCAAUGAAUGAACCAUUUUGCCCAUUGUUGAGGACAAUGUUGGCAGCAAGCAUUAAAUCUUUAGGAUACUCUUUUCGGGAGAGGGGGACUAUGAUCACCAUCGAAGGACCCCGAUUCUCAACUCGUGCUGAGAGCAGGUUGUGGAGACAGUGGAGAGCUGAUGUUGUGAACAUGAGCACUGUCCCAGAAGUUGUGCUAGCUAAAGAAGCAGGUCUUCUGUAUGCCUCACUUGCCUUGGUGACAGAUUAUGACAGUUGGAGAGAUGACUAUGAAGCUGUUCAUGUGGAGCUUGCAGUCAAGACUUUCAAAGACAAUGCAGCGAAGGCUUGUAAAGUUUUUUUGCAUGCAAUUCCAAGAAUUGCUGAAAAAGACUGGAGUAAUUUCAUCAGUAAGAAUAAGGAGGUUGCCAGAUGCUCUAUUAUGAAGUAG